CUGUGAUUGACAUUGUUGAAUUCAUCAGACUAUUCAGACUGUGUAACAGACAAGAAAUUUGUAUUUAACACUACUAUUUUAUUUAUUAUUAUCGCCAUAGUUUAAUAAUCUUAGAGUCUUGUCAAGUGUUCAUUGUAAAGUCAUAAUUAUAAUGGAAAUAGACAGUUUUUUAAGAAAACUUCCAAAAGUCGAGUUACAUGCUCAUUUAAAUGGGUCAUUAAGUCGUUCUACGAUGCUAGAACUGCAGAGGUAUUAUGCUGACUCUGGAAUGACUGAUAACAUGAAUGCUUUCUUCGAUGAAUUUGAAAUGGCCGCCGGUGACCCCAGAAGCUUUUCGGACUGCUUCCAAGUAUUCAGAAUUGCACAUAACCUAACAACAACUCCGUCGGCUCUGGAAAUAGCCUUAUUUUCAACACUCAAGGAGUUUCAAGAUGAUGGUUGUUGUUACAUAGAACUCCGAAGUACGCCUCGUGAUACCCAGUACAUGAGCAAAAGACAGUAUAUUGAUACUUUAGUGAAGUCAAUUCGGACGUCACCACAGCAUCUAACGAUUAUCACGCGUCUAAUAAUUUCCAUUUGUAGACAUUCCCCGCUUGCGGAUGCUGAAGAGAUUGCAGAUUUAGCUAUUGAAUUUUAUAAAAGUUAUCCGGAUAUAGUUGUGGGUAUCGAUUUUAGUGGCAACCCAACAGUGGGUAGUUUUAAAGAUUUUGUCCCCGCGCUGUCCAGGGCGCGUGAAGCGGGAUUAAAAGUGACUCUACACUGCGGAGAGGUGUUUAACCCGUCUGAAGUACAGGAAAUGCUUGAAUUUAAACCUGAAAGAAUUGGACAUGGAACUUGUAUUCAUCCUAAAUAUAGAGGCACUGAUGAGACAUGGGUGAACUUAUGUAAAUCACGUAUACCAGUUGAAUUGUGUUUAACCAGCAAUGUCAAUUCAAAGUCGAUUUCAGAUUAUGAUUCCCAUCACUUCAAAUAUUAUUACACGGCUGGAAUUCCUCUAGUCAUCUGCACUGACGACAAAGGAGUAUUCUCAACGUCUCUAUCACACGAAUAUAAAAUAUGCGCAGAAACUUUUCAUCUCGAACCUUCAAAGCUUGCCGAACUGUCGUUAAAAGCCUGUGAUUAUAUAUUUGCAGAAGACAUGCGAACAAAAGUUAAAGAGAUAAUAUCUAAUUUUGUACAAAAAAAUUGCUAAUUAGUCACUCAGUGAUUAUUCAAGAUAACAGUGGUUAAGAUUUUCAUUUAGUUAAUUAAUUAUUAAAGAACAAAAAAGUCUACUAGAAUGUUAUCGAACAUAUCAUAACUAAAGUGUAAUUUUCUUUUCCUUGUUUAUAUUAUACUUAUCAAUUAAUGAAA